GUAUACUGCCCACCAGUCAUGACUGACUCUUUAUUUGGACGUUUUAAUGGAGGGUAAGUGGAUGUUUUGUCACUGUGACAGAGAAAAAUCUGCAGUAGUGGUUGGUUAUGCAAACAGAACAGAACCCUGAUGAGAUCUGCCAACACAAAUUGAUGGGAUCAAACUAACAUGCUGCUAAAACACCCCAGAAUCCACAGCUCUGCGGGCAUUUCAGAGCGUAUGUCUCAGAUUUAUUGUCAAGCAAAUAAAGUAUAAAAUCUGGUAUAAAACCAGAUUUUUACACCAAUUAAACAAAACUGGAUUUCUUUGGGAGGAUUCAGCAGCAGUUAAAAGAAAAAACACAGUUUGUUCUCUGUAAGCCUUUUCUUUGGAUCGUUUCAGAAACAAGAAGAAGCAGAGGGGAAGUGUGAUUUCUAAGAACAGAUGUAACCAUGAAUCGAGUGGAUGUUGGAGCUGUAUAUAAAGGGAGCAGAGAGCCGGUCAGAGCACAUCAGCCUGCAGAUUCAAGCUGAAGAACAUCCGUCUGUGUCGGGAACCAUGAAGACUCUGCUGGCUCUCACAGUCCUGGUUCUCCUCUGCUUCCUGAAACACAGCUCUGCCAAUGUUGGUGUAUCACUGAUGAUGAGAGAUGUUAAAUGCUGUGAGACGACCAGUGAUAAAAUACACAUCCCGUUCAAAAAGGUGAAACAUGUGGUAAUGACCAGCGGCUGCAGUCCUGAAGCAAUCAUAGUCACGACUGUGGCUGACAGGAAGAUCUGCCUUGAUCCCAAAUGGAAACAUGCACAGAUGCACCUGGAAGAAUUUAAGAAAAACUAAUCAUCCACCAUUCCCAAUCCCAAAAUAUGUAACUCGAAUCCCAAAAAGCUUUAAAGGAGUUCUAUAAACAGAAAGUCGCUUUUUUAUCCAUUAAUAAUCAGUGUUCAUGUAUGUUUUGAGGUGUAGCAGAACUUGAACUGAUAAUUAACGUGAUCACAGAAAAGUUUCUAGUUAAUUGAAACAUUUUUAAAGUUUUUUUCUUCUUAGAUGUUUUUGAUAAUGUUCUUCUGAAAUAAUAUAAUAAUUACAGUGACUGAACAGUUAACAUGUCUGUU